GUGACACAGCCAGUCUGUUUGUCAUAACUGUUCAUGACUCAUAACUGUCCGGCUUCGAGUUUACUCAGAGUAGGGUGAUCGUGAUCAGACGCAGAUGGACACCGUGUUUUGCGCAGCUCACUUGUCUUCUCAAGUCAACACCGCACAGUUUCUCUUCCUUUGUCGUUUGUGUUUUGAAGUGUUCGCAGAUCUGGGUGUUGCUGACUAAACAAACGGAAAGUGGAGCUGCUGUCAGACUGGAGAACAGAGAGACGCAUCUCGGAUCUUGGAUACAGAAGAUCAACGCGGAUAAACGUGUUUGAGGAUGGAGGAGGAAGCGCCAGUCAAGCCGUCAGUAGCUCAGCUGGCUGGAAAACUCAAAGGUUAUGCACUGCCAAUGCCAGGAAACAUGGAGGUGAUAUCUAUGAGAAGCCCCCCAUGUUCUCUGGUGAUAAACAACCAAAAAGAUGAAGAACAUGAAGAGAAGUUGUCUGUCUGUCCUCAUCCUCCUAAGAUGAAGAUAAAGAGUUCACCUCUUAUUGAAAAACUACAGGCCAAUCUUGCCCUCUCUCCAGCUGUCCUGCUCUCCCCACCCAAAAGUCCAGAGUCCAAACAGCCGUCCACUGCCUCAAGUCCCAUCAGCCCCCGCAGAUCCCUGAGCUCCACCCUGCAGCCCACUCAGCUGUCCUGUGAAGAUGAGGCGCCGGUUAGCUUCGAGCAGCCGGUCGAGGGUACACCACUGCCCAGCAUCAACAAGAGUCGAGCUAGGCUGUCUUUUAAGCGACGGCUGCCCACACGACAACACAGGAAGUCAGCAUGUGAGGAGGCAAAAUGGAACGAGGGAAAUGACUCUCCGUGUGAACCAGAUAGUCAACAGCAAAAUGGAGAUGAAGGGGAAUUGAUUGGUGGGCCUUCGCAGGAGGAUGCAGAAGAUAAAAUGGACUCUGCACAACCCACCAAUGGCCCACAACAGGAAAAAGACAGGACAGAGCACAGAGAUGUACCCCAAGAAAAUGAGGGGACCCAAGUAACCCAUAUAGGAAAUCAGGAAGUAACUGAAGGAGGAUAUGAACCUUCUGACUGUAAACAGGCCCAAAAAGAAGAGAAGGAAGAAACCGAAGAGGACAGGACAGAAGUGAAAGAGGACAAGGAAGUGCUGGAUGCAGAGAACAACCCAGAAUAGAAGCAACAGGUCAUCAAAAUCAAAACAAAUUUUUUUGCCAAUAAACAUUGAUUUAGCAACCUAUUAUUGCAGACAACAAUUGAAUUACUGGAGUUUUUCAAACAAACGUUCAGGUGAACUCAUUGAGAACAGACUCCAAUAUAGAUGAAGAGGGACCUCUUUAGGACUGUGGAUUUAUGGACUUAAUAUUGCUAAAGCAAAUAUUACACAAAGGGUUAGAUGUCAUCAACACACUCUCAUUUGUUUUAUGUUUUGGAGAAUUGGUGGUGAAUUUGUACAGUCUGUAUGUUUGUAUCUCCUUGCACCCCAUUGCUGGUUGGGCUUAGUGGUGGACCCUUUUUUUAAUUAAUUUUUUUUAGAUUUUUGUACAAAUAAAAUUGUACAAAUUUACCAACUGCAAAAAAAUAAAUAAAAGAAAUAUAAUAAUAAUAAUAAAUAUGUUUUAUCAAGAGAUCAGGUGGGAUCUUUUAGCUAAAAUGAAGCCGUUAUAUCAAACCCUGAGUUUCUAUUCAAACUCUGUAGGGUAUGUCUGAAUAAUUCAUAUGCCUCUGUCUUGCUUGCUUUUGCUUUUAAAUAAACUUAUGUUGAAUUCUUAUUUGCUGUUCAGAGAACGAGAUCGCUUUUACCUUUGGAAAGUAUUCUCCAUUUGAAAAGUUCCAGCCUUCACCCGAUUUGAAUAUUUAUGUGAUUCAAUCUACAAAAUGACAAAUAUCAUUGAAAUAGGAGUGUUUUUAUUGACUUGUCAGUUUUAUUGACAUGCCUCUGUGACAGUCCUAGGCUCUGUAAACAGCAAAAGUUGGCUAGAAAUGCUUCAUAAGUACUUCAGAAAUGCUUUAUCUGUCAGUCAUUUUGAGUGUUUAGGUUUGCUGACAUUGAGUUGGCUGACAGGCUUGUGGAGAGGGUGUGUGGUUGCCCUCCACUAAGUUGCAAAAUCAUGAGUUACUUACUGCACUUUUAUUGUCUGAUUAUAAUGAAAUGCACAGUUUUUAAAAUCUUGCAGAAAAAUGAUAAAUAUAAACAAUACAACGAACUAGUGGCAGAUAUUGUGAAAGCCAAAUUGACCCGCAGUCUCCACUGCUGCUAUGCAAAGAUAGCUACUUUAUUAUUAAAUAAAAUGCCUGGAAUGUAUCACUGUGACUGCAAAGCUACUGUACUGCAUCAAUGACCUUUUACUUCCCAUAUAAGAGUGAAUAAAGAGCUUUAUUUACACUUACCAGAUGCUCUCCUUUAUUAUAUACAGCAAUUAAGGGUUAAGCAUUUGUAAUGAAUUGUAAUGAUAUCUGGUCUUUUCUCAUAGUUCUCUUUGUUUAACAUUAAAGGGAUACUCAAAUCGAAAAUGAAAAUCAUAUCAUCAUUUACUCACCCAGUUGACUUUCCCUCUGUUGAACUCAGAAAGAGUUAUUCUGCAGAAUGCUAAAGCUGCUGACAAUUAAAGUGCAAAUAUGCAAACCCUCUUAUUAUGAAUCGAUUUUCCUUUCAAAUAUAGGCUAAUUACAUAUCAAAAUGUCAAUUAUGAUUGAUUACAUGACGUGAGCAAACCAGGUGAAAUGGUUGGAAAUCCCCUCAGGUCUGUCCUCGCCUACUGAUCCGGAAACUCCCAUUGCUGUUCUGCAGAGACCAGGGCCGUGUGCAUAAACUGCUUAGACUAGACUUAAAAGUUAGUCAUCUAAUUUGUUUCUGCAAGACUGGUAAUUUAAUUAUAAAUAAUUUUUUAUAAUCAGUCACGCAAAAACGUAGAUUGGAUCGAAUUUAAAUCUGAAAAUUAAGGUUGAUUACCACUUGAUUAGUCAAACUAGUUCUUAAGACAGUCUUUCUUAACAUGUUGAUGUUAAUGCAACUGGCUCCAGUACUUGUAAGACUUCGGCACAACGUGUUGCCACGCUGUAACCUGUUUGAACAAGUUUGAAUGAAGUUUGGCAGCUGUGGAAGAGACAGAGUUAUUAUUAUUAUUAUUUCCAGCUAUAUGUGCUGAAAAGUGGUUCAUUUCUUGAGGAUUUGAAUGAAUGCUGCUGGUCCAUCCUAAUAAUGUGCAGAAAAAAAAUUAGUAGUGUGACAGUGCCAAAAUGUGCGCUACAUGGUUAAAACGGGCUUGAUAAAUUUAACAUAUACACUCAUAUAGUAAACACAUGUAAAAUAAAGAAAUAAAUUCUUUAAAGUUUUUAUGCUCAAUUGUUUUAUAAUUUUGUAACUGAUUUUGUUCAACAGAGGAAAAUGAUGCAGUUAUUUAGACUGGAUAAAAGAG